AUGAGUAACGAAUAUACUAAACGUAAGGUUGCAUUGAAAGAUAUGCAACCUUGCAUGAUAUGCUCAAAGCCUGCAACGACUGUUCUAUUUAAUCAAACAUUGAAGGAUUGGAUAUACUCUUGUGAUAUUCAUCUAAUAGACAACCCCAGUUUUGUUGUACCCCUUUAUUCGCAAGAAUAUAAAAAUACUGUUGCUGAACUACAACGAGUGAAACAACAACUAAAAGUACAGGCAUCUAAUGGCUCUGGUUCGUGGGAUACAUGGGUGAACAAAAUAUUUUCUAAGAAUAAUUCUUCUAAAGAUUCAGAUAGUACAGAUGAAUCCAAAGACGAUAUUUCAAGUCCCCCAAAGAAUAAUGAAGAGAGUUCACCUCCGAUAGAUUAUCAAGCUGAAUAUAAUAAACUAUUAGAUAAUAUGACAGAACUUCAAAAAAAAGUUAGAAAUUACAAAUUAGAUGAUAAUAUGUUCCAACAUAGAUUACGAACAAAGAAGGCUCAACAAAUGGCGAUUGCAAAAAGAAAGAAAGAAGAAGCAAAUUAUUCCAACACUAAUCCAGAAGAAUUGGAAAAGAUGUUCAGUUUCCCAAGCGUACCGAAUAAUGAUCUGAAUAAAACUGGCAAUUAA